CACCGUCCGCUCCCGACAAGUUGACACCCGGGCUCCCCAGGACUUGCUUUACUUUCCCCUUUCCUCCCACCCAGCGACCCCCCUCCCACCCGUGGUGCCGAUGGGCCGCCGGAGGAGCCACCGAGUAUGCGCGGCCACCCCGAGCAUGCUCAGUAGCGCGCGCGGCGCCCCGGAGCUGCUUCAGCGAGCGGCGGCCGACGCCGAGCUGUUCGCGGCUGCUGCGGGAGCCACAGGAAGUGAAGCGGCCCCGCCGGGCAACCGCGGCGGCAGAACCGAAGGCGGAAGGGGCCCCGCGGCGGCGACGUCGUUGACGAGAGUAGCCGAGGGAGCUGAGCGCCGAGGGGACUCGCUCGCUCCGAAGCCGGAUCCCGAGCCGGGCAGGAUGGAUCAUCACCAGCCCGGGACUGGCCGCUACCAGGUGCUUCACAAUGAAGAGGACAAUUCAGAAUCAUCUGCUGUAGAGCAGCCAUCUACUUCAAACUCAUCACCACAGGUUGUGCAGACAGCUCCUUCAGCAUCAGCACUUGAAACUGACUCUUCUCCUCCACCAUACAGUAGUAUUACUGUGGAAGUACCUGCAAGUUCAGAUACAGAAGUUUAUGGUGAGUUUUAUCCUGUGCCACCUCCCUACAGUGUUGCUACCUCUCUUCCUACAUAUGAUGAAGCUGAGAAAGCUAAAGCCGCUGCAAUGGCAGCUGCAGCAGCAGAAACAUCUCAAAGAAUUCAAGAGGAAGAGUGCCCACCAAGAGAUGACUUCAGUGAUGCAGACCAGCUCAGAGUGGGUAAUGAUGGCAUUUUCAUGUUGGCGUUUUUCAUGGCAUUUAUUUUCAACUGGCUUGGAUUUUGUUUAUCCUUCUGUAUCACCAAUACCAUAGCGGGAAGGUAUGGUGCUAUCUGUGGAUUUGGCCUUUCACUGAUCAAAUGGAUCCUUAUUGUCAGGUUUUCUGAUUAUUUUACUGGAUAUUUCAAUGGACAGUAUUGGCUUUGGUGGAUAUUUCUUGUACUUGGCCUGCUCCUUUUCUUCAGAGGAUUUGUUAAUUAUCUAAAAGUCAGAAACAUGUCUGAAAGUAUGGCAGCUGCUCAUAGAACAAGAUAUUUCUUCUUGUUAUAGAGAUUGAUCACAGGAGACGUACGAAGAAACCACCAGCACAAAAGUUGAAGGCUUGGAAAAGCAAACAUGACAAAGUACUUACACAGAAGGGAUUGGCAUUUUGCAUAAAACAGUGUGAAAUCCACAUAAGCAUCUGAUGAAAAAAACAAAAAAUAAAUCUAUGAUUGAAAAACAAUUUGUCAUGCAGUCAUUUUAGCAAUCUGGAUCAAGGAAUAAAAGUUGUGUGAAGAAAAUAGGAGCUUUGUUACUGUUUUCUUAAUAUGUCAGUGUGUGUCAACAAUGAAAACUACAACUUGAAUAAAGGGAAUAUAAAGAAAUGAGCAGGGGAUGCCUCACUAGUUACUAAGUGAGUUUCUGGAGGCAUUGUAUGUAGUAGUAGCAUUUAUUUAUUGUGCAGCCAGGAGAAUCUGUACAUAAAGA